AAAUUCGUGUCAAAAAUGGCAUCAAUUUAGUUAAGGCAACUAAACGUUAAAAAAAUUAUAUAAUUUUUUGCACAUCGGGAAAGGUAUAGGAAGUUAAAAGUAGAAGGACCUUCUAAGAUAAUUAAAUAGUCUGAGAAUUCAUUGUGAAUAUCAGCUGAGAACCUUUUUAAUUGUUAAGUAGCUAAAUAAUUAAAAUUAAAAAAAAAUGGCACAAUAUACGCAAUAUUCUGGUGGAUAUGAAGAAGAUAAUCAAUUUGGGUAUGACGAAAGUCAGCGUGGACCACCAUCAGGUUAUGGUGGAGUCGUCCGUCCCAUGGUUGAUCCUGAGGCUGAAGGUGAAGUAGAUCCCAAUCUAUAUCCACAACCCAAAGAAUCGACACACAAAAUUCGUGGACGAUAUGACAUUAUUGAAAUGCUUUGUGGAUCUGUGGAUCAGGAACUGCUGACCGUAAAAACAUUUUACUUCUUCUUCUAUUCAGCUUUUGGAUCAUUAUUUCCAUUAAUGGGUGUCUAUUUCAAACAAAUGGGUAUGAAUCCAUUGCAGUGUGGAUUAUUAGUUGGAUCACGUCCGUUUGUGGAAUUUUUAUCAGCUCCAUUUUGGGGAAGCUACGCAGACAAAUCGAAGAAGGGUAAAGUUCUUCUGCUUGCAUCCCUUUCAGCAUGGAUUGUAUUUACACUGCCUCUUGGAUUUAUUCAACCACCAGCGACCUCAUGUAUAACGCAAUAUAAUGACUCUUACUAUGAACUUAGAACACCAGAAGCUCCACGACUUUUAAAGAGAAGUGUUGACAAUUUACGAGAGCUUAUUGAUGAUCCGAUUAACAAUGAAGUUCACAUACGUUCACGACGUGCAGUUCGUCCACUUUCUGAAGCUGGAGUUUCUCCAUUGAGUGUUAGCUAUGCCAAUAAUUAUGAUGAUUCAAAGCAAAGAAAUUGGGUAUCACCACUUUUUAGCAGUAUUGUGUAUCAAACAGACGAUAUCCAGAAAGCAUUCUUCCUUCUUAUGUUACUUGUUGUCAUUGGUGAAUUCUUCUCAGCACCAGCUAUAACACUUGCUGAUUCAGCUGUCAUAACUCUUCUCGGUGAGGAUUCUGAUCGAUAUGGACAUCAACGAAUGUUUGGAUCAUUAGGAUGGGGUGUUGCUAUGUUCUUUGUUGGUAUUGCCCUGGAUCAUUCAACUUCAUUUCCAGAUCAUCCAUGUGGACCAAAUAAGCAAGAGAAAAAUUAUACAAUCUGUUUUGCGACAUUCGCAGUAUCGAUGACUGCUGCAUUACUCGCUGCCACACAAAUAAACUUUAAAUAUCCAGAACAUCCAGAAGAAAUGGAAUUCCAAGAGAAACCAGCAGAAGUGUUGACAAAAGAGGAUGAAAUGCAAAAUCAAUUGGCAACACAAUUAGGAAUCCCAUCAUUAGCUACAGGAGGCGGUGUAUCAUUGCCACAACAAAAAGCACCACCACCUACAUUGGGAGCUCAGACAAAAAUGUUUGCACAGCGAUUGACCACACAAACACCUGAAUGGAUCUUAGUAUUUACGCAAUUUAAGGAUCUCAAGUGUGCAUCAUUCUUGUUUGUUGCAUGGCUCAUGGGCUUUGGUAUUGGCUUAAUAUUUACAUUCCUCUUCUGGCACUUGCAAGACUAUGGCGGUUCACCGACAUUAUUUGGCGUCGCAUCAGUUAUUAACCACUUGAGUGAAAUAUUUGCAUACUUCUUCAGUUUCCGACUUAUUACACAAAUUGGUCACGUAAAAGUCUUGUGCUUGGGAUUGUUUGGAAAUUGCAUCAGAUUCUUGUACAUCUCUUGGGUCAGAAAUCCAUGGUGGGUUCUACCGUUCGAAUUGAUGCAAGGAAUAACACAUGCUGCAUGUUGGGCUGCAUGCUGUUCAUAUAUCUCACACAACACACCACCUCAUUUAAGAACAAGUGCUCAAGGUGUAUUACAAGGCUUACAUCAUGGCUUUGGAAGAGGUUGUGGUGCUGUUAUUGGAGGCUUAUUUGUGACAUACUUCGGCUCGAAACAAACAUUCAGAGGAUAUGGAAUAUUUUGCUUAUUUGUGCUGGUCGCCUUCGUAUUUAUUAACUUUUAUCGUAAAGACACAGGCUUUAUUUCUGAUAUACCCACAACAGAAGAUCCUCAUCAAGUUGCUGAGGAGACAAGUCACUUAGCUCCACAUGGCGUCCCAUCAAAUCCGAUUCCAAGAGCACUUUCGAGUUCUCGUCUAAACGAUAUGGGAACAAAUCAACAAAAUGAAUCAUAUGGAACAUACUCGACAGUUGGUGGAAAUCUAGGAGUGCCAGGACAAUCAAAUCCAUUUGCUCAACAACAACAACAGCAGCCAUCAAAUGGUUAUGGAAGCAAUUAUUAAAUCGCAAAAAUAGCAACAAAAAAGGUUUAAUAGCUUGAUCUCUAUGAUAUUUAAGGUAAAAAUGCUCUCUUUUUCUUUUUCUCAUGAUUGGUUCGUAUGCUCUUUAAAUUCUAAAAUAUUUCUAUGAACAAAAAUUGUCUGAAGGCUCUUUGGGUUUUAUGGAUUAUCCUGUUAAUCAAUCAUUUUUUAUUUGUUGAAUAUUGAACACUCUUAUGUUGAAUUUUGCUGCCAUUUGAGGGAAUGACGUCAUAGUUUGGUUUGUUAAUAUCACAUGAUUAUUGAUUCACAUGAAGAUUGUUUUUUCGAUGAUUUUUAUUAAGUUUAGAAGAUAGUUGAGGGUCUAUGAUUUGAAUAAUAAUUAUCUGGUUUGUUUUUGAAGAUAUGGAAAGUCUAGAUUUGCCUCUGGGCUCGCGGUAUGUAUAUGAUAGAUAGUCGUAGUGAGAUAUGUAACUCGGUGGCUCAAUGGCAGGGAAUUUUGACUAAGUAAUCGGAGAUAACCUCUUUUGAGGUCGCAAGUUCGAUUUCGAUCAAAUCCAACUUGUUUUGCAAUUAGGUUGUACACAGUAUUCUAUCCGAAAGUUAAUCGAGGACCCUUUAUAUAUCAUUAUACAAUCUUAGUUAAGAAUAUUUCCACAUUAAAAACAUUAACUUCAAAGACCCUUUAGACAAUUUCUACCCUACCUAUUCAUACAUUAAUGAACCUUUAAGAAAUUCUGUUGAUUUCUAAUAAUAAACCAAGGCGUAAAAACUCAGGAUUAAUCCUGAAAAAUCCUUAAAAAAAUCCCUGAGCCAAUAAACAUGGAAAUGUUAAAUCCCUUUUGAAUCCCGAAGUUAUUCAUCAAAUGCAUCAGAAAUUUAAGAGGGAUUUCACAUUUCCAUAUUUAUUGACUCAAGGAUUUUUUGGGAUUUUCAGGAUUAAUCCUGAGUUUCCACGCCUUGAAAUAAACAAAAGAUUAAAUGAAAAUAACUAAAAUAAAGCAAAAAAAACUAUUGUAACGUGUUAUAAUGAUAUUUAAAAAAAAGAAUCUAAAAAAAAUAAAAAGUAGAUAAGUUCAGAUGAAGAAAUUUUAAGUAAGAAGAUAAAAAUAGCAACAAACGGUAAAAAAAAAUUAGAUAUUUCGCUUUCCCAAGAUCUAAAUUGGC